UGCAGACACCUCUGUGACCCGCACAAUUAAAAGCUACAUAACAUAUUCCUCGACAAGCGACAAAAUGCAGCGCCCAGAAUAACAAGCAGGACAACUUCUAAAGAGACCAUUGUUGACCAGUCUCCUGUGCGUUCGUUUGGGAAGCUUGUGGCGGAUUUCCAGAAGGAUGGUGUGAAUUGAUUGGAAAAGAUGGGACUGUGGAUGUUCCUCAGGUUUGUGUGACUCUACCAAGACACUUUGACGGGGUCCUCCUGACGAGCACAGGGAGAAGAUGCAAAGAUUAGUGGCCACAGAUGUCUUUAAUUCCAAAAACCUGGCCGUUCAGGCGCAAAAGAAGAUCCUGGGUAAAAUGGUAUCCAAAUCCAUCGCCACCACGCUGAUCGAUGACACCAGCAGCGAGGUGCUGGAUGAGCUCUACAGGGUGACCAAGGAGUACACCCAAAACAAGAAGGAGGCGGAGAGGGUCAUCAAGAACCUCAUCAAGACGGUCAUCAAGCUGGCCGUUCUCCACAGGAACAAUCAGUUCAAUCAAGACGAGCUGGCGCUGAUGGAGAAGUUCAAGAAGAAGGUCCACCAGCUUGCCAUGACGGUGGUCAGCUUCCACCAGGUGGAAUACACCUUCGACCGCAACGUGCUGUCCAGGCUGCUGAAUGAGUGCCGGGAGCUGUUGCAUGACAUCAUUCAGCGCCACCUCACCGCCAAGUCUCACGGACGGGUUAAUAAUGUCUUUGAUCAUUUUUCAGAUUGUGAUUUUUUGGCUGCCUUGUAUAAUCCCUUUGGAAAAUUUAAACCUCACUUACAGAAACUUUGUGAUGGCAUCAACAAAAUGUUGGAUGAAGAGAACAUAUGAGCUUGUGACAUACGCGUGUGGCCGGCAGCGAUUUAUGUGGAGACAGAGCACUGCUGACUCAUGAAGGGAAGACGGAGAAUCUUUUAAAGAUCACGUGUAAUUCAGAAAGGCUUGGCCUGAUACAAUCAUUGGACAUUAAUGGUAGUACUUUUGUGUGGCUUGUUGUAAUUGGAAAAAAAAAAAAAAAAAGCAUAUUGCCAAAAAUUCUGGCUGAAAUAUCUUACUUAAUAAAUGUCAGGAUGUGGAAAAAAUAGAGGGUUGGUAAUUCAAAUGUAGAGUGACACAAAGACAGAUGAGCGUGGCUCACUCCAGUCACUGGGAUUUUUUUUGUGUUUUAGGGAAAUCGUGUUGGUGGCACAUUGGAUAUUUCUAAUAUGUACAAAGUUGUGUAUCUUGGCUCACUUUUAUCCUUUACUAUGUCUGUGUAUCUCUUUUAAAAUGCCAAGGGCCUCUCUCUGCUGUCAUUGAUCCUUUUGAAACAAUUCUGCUUCCUCGUCUACUCGAUUCUUUUGUUACAGAUUGUCAUUGACAUUCAGGAAUUAAAUCUGAGGCCAUGGAACCAUCAGGAAAGCAGAAAACCGCAUUUCUGAAAUCACGACUGUGGAAAUAAAUAAUGUGUCCAUUGUAAGAGUGUGCUUCUGAAACUGAGUUGUGCUUCUUGGUACCAACGUGAUACUUAGAUUCUCAAAACUGUAGCAGCAUGCCGUUGCCUUGAAAUACUUGCUUAGGGCCUAACUGUGAUGUCAUCUUGAACACGUGCUGACAGAUGUCUCCGGUAUUAACAUCCAUCUCACACAUAGGAGAAAAAGAAUUCUAGAUCGGCUUUAAUAUUGAAACAAUAAAAUGUAAGUAGCGUGAAAAAGAGGAAAAUCAUCUUGGGUUUGAAGAUGAACUCGGCAGCCUAAUUUAGGGGGGUGAGGGGUGAAAGGAUGGAAAGGCUGUUGCUUAGUAAUGUAAGAAAGAUGGAUGCAUUUCAAUGUUUAAUGGGGAUUGAUGAAUAAAGGCCAUCGUUUUUUUAUUUAA